CAUUAUUCCGCCUUGUUACAACGCUGAAGCACAAUUUUUACGGGCGUCCGAAAUCAUCUUUGUUACUCUGUAACUAAACUAAUAUGCGGAUAUGGUCCCUUCCCACCUUGUGUCUCCUAGCCUUUUUGUUACGAUGCGUUCUCAUUUACUUUUCCAUUUGGUUUGAUUCAAUCUCCUCGGCAAAGUAUACUGAUGUGGACUAUAUUGUGUUUACAGAUGCUGCUAAAUAUGUUUACGAGAAUAAAUCACCUUACUUAAGAGCGACUUACCGUUAUACUCCACUUUUGGCUCUAGCUCUACAAGUUAACAUAUUUCAUCCAGCUUUUGGUAAAUUAAUCUUCUCUGGUGCUGAUGUACUCCUUUGCAUUUUACUUUACCUAACGCUUCUUGAAACUGGUCAUUCCAAAGCACUAGCGAGAAAUUGCUCUUGCGCUUUACUUUUCAAUCCUCUCGUCUUUACUGUUUCCACACGAGGAAAUGCAGAAUCUAUCAUCUUACUUUUCGUUGUUUGCACUUUAUUAUUUCACUUGAAAAGGCUUUAUGUUUUGUCAGGAAUUUUCUACUCUUUUGCUGUUCAUCUUAAGUUGUAUCCAAUUAUAUAUUCUCUACCCCUCUGGCUUUCCUUAAUAAAUCCAGCUGUAGUUGUGGGGCUUCUCGGGCUUCGUUAUUACGACGACCUUCCUUUUUGCUUCUUUGUACAGACAUUUGCUUUCGUGAUGUUUAACAAAGUGUGUACCUCGCAGUACUUUUUAUGGUUUUUAGGUCUUCUUCCUCAUGUAGUUACUCCUGCGAACACGGGCAUGUCAUUAAAAGAAAUGUUACUUCUAAGCUGCCUAUGGUUUGUAGCGCAGGGACUCUGGCUCACCUCGGCGUAUCUCCUUGAAUUUCAAGGAAUGAACACGUUUAUCUAUAUAUGGCUCAGUGGAUUGUUAUUUUUAGCAACCAACACUUUAAUUUUAACUGAGCUCCUAAAACAUCAUAUAUAAAGAAAUUUAACCAUUAUAGGAGUUAAUAAAGUUUAUUAUGG